UGCUUCCCGACCCUCACUGCCAGCUGGACCUUGCCUCUCGCUUCGCAUCGUCCACCUCUCACACCUCACUCCCGGCCUUCUCCCGGCCUUCACGACCUGGCGACGUCCACUCCAGCACUCCUGCGCACCUCCGCCUCCACUCUCUCUCACUUCGUGCAGCAUGCUCUUGCGGCCGCUGUCUCUGCUGCUCGGCGCAGCAGCAGCGCUUGUCGGCAGCGCGUCAGCGAUCAGCCUGCCGCUGGCUUCGCGCGAUGACUGCGGCAGAUACACAAUCAUCUCCACACGAGGCACAGGCGAGAUUCAGGGCCCGUCGAUCGCGUUCGAGACAAUGAUCCGCUCUACGCUCGCUAACGUGACGGGCGGCAAGGAGUACGACACGGUCUACCCGGCAGAUGUCGACCAGGACAGCGCAAGCGGCACGCAGGAUAUCAUCAACAAGAUCAACUCGACGCUCGCCGCUUGCCCCGACCACCGCUUUGCCAUCCUGGGCUAUUCGCAAGGCGCCGGCGCAGUCACAGCCGCGCUCCCCUCGCUGACAGGCGCAGCGAUGGAGGCCGUGCGCGUCGUCGUGCUGGUGGGCAAUCCGCGGCACAACAAGGGCCUGAAGAGCAACUACGACACGAACGGCGGCAACAGCACGGCGCAGGGCUUUGGCCUGCAGAGCUACCUGCCGGCCAUUCCCGCCGACUGGGACGCCUCGGGACGCGUGUUCGACAUCUGUGCCUUUGGCGAUGGCGUGUGCGACAUCACCUCAGGCAUCGGCAUCGGACCAGCCCACUUCCUCUACACCACCGCCGCCUGGGUGCAGGACCACUCUGCACAGCAGAUGACGGCUGCCUUCUCCGCACCACCGCCGUCGACCUCUGGCUCUGGCUCGGGCUCUGGUUCUGGCUCUGGCUCCAGCGCUCCCGACGGCGCCGCUGUGCGUGCGCCGCCGCGAGUUCUCGCACUGGCAGCCGGCCUGCUCAGUGCCGCGGCGCUCCUCGCCGCGCUCUAGCUUGUGCCACGAGCGCCUGCAGCAGAGGUCGUCCAGCUAACACGAGCUGCGGCGUGCUCUUCUCUCCUGCUAGAAAUGCCAUCCUACCCGAGGGCCGCGCACGGCGCGAAGCCGCGAGUAUCGCGCACGCGCUUUCCGCCAGCGACGAUGCGUGGUGCUUGUUGACUUCAUCUGAUUCGUUCUUCUGGUGCAGAGUUCUCGUCGUGACGUCGCGGAACGGAAGGACGGGAGCGGGCCUUUGCAAGUGCUGAGGUGCUGUGGAAGGAUAGAGCGCAUGGGCG